AUGAAAGCUAUCACAUGGAAUUGUCAAGGAGCAGCGUCUAGCAAUUUUCUUAGAGCUGCAAAAUGGCUGAAGAGCAAACACCACCCGGACAUUCUUUAUUUAGUUGAAACUAAAAUGUUUGGCCAUAACGCGGAUUUCGUUUGCACCAAGUUUGGUUUUGAUAAGUGGGCGAGAGUGGAAGCGCUUGGGUUUAGUGGAGGCAUCUGGAUCCUUUGGACGGAUGUGCUAACAAUUGAGGUCCUAAACUCCCAUCCUCAGUUUGUGCACUUGAAUAUUACGGAGGCUUCUGGGAGAAGAAACAAGGUAAGGGUAAGCAACCCGUGGCUGAUAGCAGGCGACUUUAACGCCAUUGUGAACGAAGACGAGUGCUCAAACCCGGAGAAUCAAGGGAGUCACAGAAAUGGAGAUUUCAGAGACUGGAUCUUUAGUGAAGCACUCAUUGACCUGGGCUAUUCGGGUACUAAGUUUACUUGGAGGCGGGGAAGGGAAGAAGGAACCUUUAAAGGUGCCAGACUGGAUCGUGCUCUUUGCUCGAUGGAUUGGUUGGACCAGAUGAAAGACACGAAGGUCUACCACCUCACAGCAUUUGGCUCGGACCACUACCCAAUUAUGAUCGAUCUUGAUUCAAAGAAAGAAAAAGGGAUUACAAUUUUCAGUUCCAAGGUGCUUGGACGUGCCAUCGGUCGUUCCUUGAUCUCGUCAAACAACAUUGGAACACUGAGAAUACGGUCUGGUUUAACAAAGAUGAAAUGGCUAUGA